GGCCUGUCCACUGCCCAGUACUGACCCUUGGACUGGAGAAUCCUCUCGUCAGCACAGGAAGACCAUUUGGAACCUGGAAAGAUUGUGCAAUGAAUGGUGAUACUCAGGCUGCAGUGGUGACCUCACCACCCCCGACCACAGCCCCUCACAAAGAGAGGUAUUUCGACAGAGUGGAUGAGAACAAUCCAGAAUACUUGCGAGAGAGGAACAUGGCACCAGACCUUCGCCAGGACUUCAAUAUGAUGGAGCAAAAAAAGAGGGUGUCCAUGAUUCUGCAGAGUCCCGCUUUCUGUGAAGAAUUGGAAUCAAUGAUACAGGAACAAUUUAAGAAGGGGAAGAAUCCCACAGGCCUAUUGGCAUUACAGCAGAUUGCAGAUUUUAUGACCACGAAUGUACCGAAUGUCUACCCGGCAGCUCCGCAAGGAGGGAUGGCUGCCUUAAACAUGAGUCUUGGUAUGGUGACUCCUGUGAAUGACCUUAGAGGAUCUGAUUCUAUUGCCUAUGACAAAGGGGAGAAGUUACUGCGGUGUAAACUGGCGGCGUUUUACCGGCUAGCAGAUCUCUUUGGAUGGUCUCAGCUUAUCUAUAAUCACAUCACAACCAGAGUGAGCUCUGAGCAGGAACACUUCCUCAUUGUACCUUUUGGACUUCUCUACAGUGAAGUGACUGCGUCCAGUUUGGUUAAAGUCAAUCUACAAGGGGAGGCAGUGGACCGUGGAAGCACUAAUCUAGGGGUAAAUCAGGCUGGCUUCACGCUACAUUCUGCCAUUUACGCUGCACGCCCGGAUGCGAAGUGCGUCGUGCAUGUUCACACGCCAGCAGGGGCCGCGGUCUCGGCGAUGAAAUGCGGCCUCUUGCCAAUCUCCCCAGAGGCACUUUCCCUUGGAGAAGUGGCUUAUCAUGAUUAUCAUGGGAUUCUGGUUGAUGAGGAAGAAAAAAUUUUAAUUCAGAAAAAUUUGGGGCCUAAAAGCAAGGUUCUUAUUCUCCGGAAUCACGGGCUUGUAUCUGUUGGCGAGAGCGUUGAGGAGGCCUUCUAUUACAUCCAUAACCUUGUGGUUGCAUGUGAGAUCCAGGUUCGAACUCUGGCCAGUGCGGGAGGGCCAGACAACUUAGUCCUCCUGGAUCCUGAGAAGUACAAGGCCAAAUCCCGUUCCCCUGGGUCCCCGGCAGGGGAGGGCAGCGGAUCGCCUCCCAGAUGGCAGAUUGGUGAGCAGGAGUUUGAAGCGCUCAUGCGGAUGCUGGACAAUCUGGGUUACAGAACUGGCUACCCUUAUCGAUACCCUGCUCUGAGAGAGAAAUCUAAAAAAUACAGCGAUGUGGAGGUUCCUGCCAGUGUCGCAGGUCACCCCUUUGCGAGUGACGGUGAUUCGGGCACUUGCUCCCCUCUCAGACACAGUUUUCAGAAGCAGCAGCGAGAGAAGACAAGAUGGCUGAACUCUGGCCGGGGUGACGAUGCUUCUGAGGACGGGCAGGACGGAAGCAGCCCCAAGUCGAAGACUAAGGUGUGGACGAGCGUUACACACGAUCACGUGAAACCCUUGCUGCAGUCUCUCUCGUCCGGUGUCUGCGUGCCAAGCUGUAUUACCAACUGCUUGUGGACUAAAGAGGAUGGACAUAGGACUCCCACCUCUGCCGUCCCUAACCUGUUUGUCCCAUUGAACACCAACCCAAAAGAGGUCCAGGAGAUGAGGAACAAGAUCCGAGAGCAGAACCUACAGGACAUCAAGACGGCUGGCCCCCAGUCCCAGGUGCUGUGCGGUGCGGUGGUGGACAGGAGCCUCGUCCAGGACGCGCCCCUCUCUGACUGUACGGAAACAAUCGAAGGGCUCGAGCGUACAGAGCAGACCUUUAGUCCCGCUAAGUCUCUCUCUUUUAGAAAGGGCGAGCUAGUGACGGCCUCCAAGGCCAUCAUUGAGAAGGAGUACCAGCCGCAUGUCAUCGUGAGCACCACGGGCCCCAACCCCUUCAACACGCUCAGCGACCGCGAGCUGGAGGACUACCGCAGAGAGGUGGAGCGCAAGCAGAGGGGCCCUGGAGAGAAUCUGGACGAGACUAGAGAGGACAAAGAAGAGAGCCCUCCAGAGCCCCCUGCUGUCCCCCACACUCCCCCCAGCGCCCCCAUCAAGCUGGAGGAAGACCUGCCGCAGGAGCCGGCUUCAGGAGACGACAGUGAUGCCGCCACCUUCACGCCGACCCUCCCUGACCUGUCCCCUGAGGAGCCUUCAGAAGCGCUCUGCUUCCCGACAUUGGAGGAGGAGGAGGAAGAGGGGCUUUGUGAAGCUGGGGGUCCUCCACGUCCCACCAGGUCCCCUUCGGCGGCCAUCCCUGAGCCAGUCACAGCCCAGGUGGCUGACGAGGCCACCUCCCCGGCUGCCGAGGAGGGGGCUGCUGUGGACCCUGGCAGCGAUGGGUCUCCGGGCAAGUCCCCCUCCAAAAAGAAGAAGAAAUUCCGCACUCCCUCCUUCCUGAAGAAGAGCAAGAAGAGGAGUGACUCCUGAAGGUCCCUCCUGCACAAACCGAUGCCACCAGACUGUCCCCGAUCGUGUCUUGUGCCGUCUUCUCGUGUAAUGGAAUGCAAAAGGCCCACCCCCGUGUAGCUAGCGCUCCCCUUGCGGCGUGACCAAAUCCCCACAGAGACCGGUGCUAACCGUGUGUGCGCGCAGUGGCCCGGCCUGCAGCCUCAGGUGCCGGGGGAGACUUGGUCUCUGCGUCCACCUCCGAGCCCUGCCCUGCAGGGACCAGCACCUCGGCCCAUCUCGUGAGCCCCUCGGGGACACACUGUCCCCAGGGGCUUAGCUAAGUCCAGGUUCUGGCUGGACCGGGGGCGGCCCCGCCAGCUCUGGCCUCGACCGCGCCUGCUCCUCUUCUCCUGUGAAGUAAUCCGUGCCCCACCUCUGCUAGGCUCCCUUCACCCCAAGGUCUCGGGGGACUGAAUCAGACCCGUAGCUUCUUGCUGGCAUUAUCUGCUCAGUGAUCUCACUUGUUCGGAUACACAAAGCCUUGGUCCUGUGAGAACACUCGUGUCCCUGCCAGUGGUCCAGGCCACCGUGGCGGACUUUUGAGCGGCGCGUCUGGGCUGAGCCGGCAGUCCCAGCAGCGCACGGGCCUGUGUACACCCAGGUAACCCGUGCAUGGUCUCACUGGCCCCCGCGGCCAAAACCAGACUUGGGGCUCCGUUCCUUACUCGCCGGGGGCCCUCGAUCCCCAUCGUAGGGAAGGUGCAUCAGGAGGGGAAGAGUGCUCUCUAGAUGUCCUUUCAGAAAGUCCGCAGUUCACCCU